UAACGACUUGACUAGAAGACCCGACUAGACAUUUCAGUGCCAGCUAGUAUCUGGUCAACCCCUCUGGAUUCAAGAUCGAUUGCUAGAAGAGUUCCCGUCACAAGCUGACGCCAUGUCUGCAGCCGAUUCGCUAGACAGGCCAGUCCAGAGUAUUUCAAAUAAUGACAAAGAGAUAGCUCCCUGCGCCGAGACAGCAUCAGAGGAGCCGUAUUCAAUAUUCACAACUGGCGAGAAGAGAUGGAUUAGCUAUGUUGCGUCCUUCGGCGCCAUGUUUUCCACCUUGAGCAGUUAUAUUUACUUUCCAGCCUUAGUACCUAUGGCUACAGAUCUCAACGUCUCUGUUGCCCUCAUCAAUCUCACCGUCACCUCGUACCUGAUCGUAGCAGGCAUUGCACCAGCCUUCAUGGGCGAUAUCGCCGAUCAAGGCGGUCGAAGGCCUGCAUACAUCCUCAUGUUUACUCUCAUGGGUACGUCAAAUAUUGGAUUGGCGCUGCAGAAUUCUUAUCCUGCCUUGCUCAUUUUGCGUAUGGUACAAAGUGCCGGAGCAUCUGGAUCGUACGGCGCCGCAUACGGAAUUGUUGCAGACAUCACAACAAUCGAUGAACGCGGGUCCUACGUGGGAUCUAUGCUUGUUUUUACCAACGCUGCUCCAAGUUUUGGUCCGGUCAUAGCCGGGCUACUCACUGAGAAGCUAAGCUGGAGAUGGAUAUUCUGGUUUUUGGUCAUAUUAACUGGUACUUACCUGCUCACCGUUGUCACCCUGCUACCUGAGACACAACGUCGUAUUGUCGGCAAUGGGAGUGUAAAAACCCAAGGAGUUCACAGAAGUCUUUUUGACUCCCUCGUUCGGCACCGAAAAGUUGAUGCCUUGGAUCGAGAUGAAGGACUACAAGGCGGCAAGCGGCGGUACCACAUCCCCAACCCUUUCAAGUGCAUCUCGAUGUUGUUCUCCAAAGGCAACUUCACCGUUAUACUGAUGGGUUCUAUAACUUACGCGGUCAAAAUGACAUUGCAAAGCUCACUAUCAGCUCAGUGUAUUGACGUCUACAACUUGAACUAUCUAGAAGCGGGACUCAUUUAUCUACCUUCAGGGAUAGGAGGUGCUCUAUCGUCUUAUACGACAGGUAAACUCCUGGACAGAAACAUCCAGAAAGUGUCAGUCAAGCAGGGAAGAGACAGCCUAUAUCGUCGAGGUGACAAUAUAUCGGACUUUCCGAUCGAGGAGGCACGCCUCGCCGGUAUCUACAUGCUAGUUACUCUCAGUUCAGUGACCACCGCAGGCUAUGGAGUGAGCCUCAUGCAAGAAGUGCACAUUGCCGUUCCUAUGAUAAUGCAAUUCAUCAGCGGUGCCACAACAUCGAGCAUAUUCACGAUUUGCGGCACCCUUCUGACGGACUUGAAUCCCAAAGCAUCAGCAACAGUCCAGGCGUCGUACAAUCUUGUGCGGUGCAUAGGAGCUGGCGCUGCUAUCGCGGCUCAACAGCCCUUGACAAACGCCACGGGCUUAGGGUGGAGCUUUGGCAUGUUUUCACUCAUCAUGUUAUUUGCAGCUCCGUUGGCCAUGCUGCUCGAAAAAAGGGGUCUAGGAUGGAGGGCUUGCGCUCCAAGUUCACCUUAACUCCAGAGGAGAGUCAGACGAGAAAGCUGUUAUCCGGCAUUUCCAUCUCUCACUAAGAGCGUUUUCGAUUUGGCAUACGUGAACUUCGAUUGUUCACGAAUGGGGCAGGGGUUAUCAUCGGUCAUGUAAGGGCCUCGAAAUCGUAAGGUAAUGGCCUCAGUACUAAUAGUCAUAUUCCCCCUUACGCUCCCGGUAAGGUAAACAAGAAUUCCCGAAUGAGGACCGUAUGGAGAGCGCGAGGUAUUCAUAUUAUUCUUGCUUCUUCCAAAGCCCCUCGAGAGUGGCGUCACCGC